AUGCGAUCACGCGGAACAAAUGAGAACAUGCCCGCUAACAGUAACAGACUUAUUAAUGCUCUGGGUGCAGGCGAGCGCAUCGCACUAUCAAAACUAGCCGUGUCGCAUCUUGAGCGGGAACAGAGGCCAAUACGGGUUGCAGUCGAUAUUUCAAUUUGGCUGUUUCAAGUUCAAGCAGGCCGUGGAGGCAAGAAUCCUGAGAUUCGCACCCUUUUUUACCGGUUGAUCAAACUCCUUGCGCUUCCAAUUCAUCCGCUUUUCGUCUACGAUGGGAGUAAAAAGCCCCCCUUCAAGAGGGGUAAGGCCACAACGUCCCGCGGUGGAAAUGCACCGAUUAUUCAACGAUCGAAAGAUCUCAUCAAUCGCUUCAGGUUUCCCUGGCAUGAAGCCCCAGGCGAGGCAGAGGCCGAGUGUGCCCGAUUGCAGCAGGCUGGCAUUGUGGACGCCGUCAUGAGCGACGACAUCGAUACGUUGAUGUUUGGGUCCACCUUUAUGAUAAAGAGUUUCUCAAAGGAGAGUGGCACCGGGACAACUGCCGCUACUCAUAUCACUCUCUACAAUAUGAGCAAUAAGUACUAUGCUUCAAACAUUCCAUUCGAUCGACCUGGAAUGAUUUUGUUUGCUAUGCUUAGUGGCGGGGACUAUCUACCAUCUGGUGUACCAAAAUGCGGAAGCAAAUUGGCCGCAGAAAUCGCAAAGGCGGGCUUUGGUGAAGAUCUCUUGAAAAUAAUCGAGUCUCAUCCCUCAGACCUUGACUCGGAAUUGAAUGAAUGGCGAGAUCGAUUACAAUACGAGUUGGAAGAGAAUGAGAGUGGUUAUUUCACCACAAAGCAUAAGGCCGUACGAAUCCCGGCUACCUUUCCCGAUCGUGCAAUUCUCGAAUAUUAUGCUGAGCCAGUCGUUUCGGCCAAAGAUGAAAUGGAAAGGUUGAAAAGCCGCUUGGGAGAAGAGUGGGAUCAGGACAUUGAUCCAAUGGCGAUCAGAAAUUUCGCCGCUGAGCAUCUUGAAUGGAACUAUCGUUCUGGGGCCAGAAAGGUAAUCAAACUCUUAGCCGAACCCCUUGUCUCCUACAGACUGCGUCUUAAACGACCUGUUUCGGGUUUAACGCAUGGCACACUUGCUCCUGAUUGUGGCACCCCCUGGCUCCAAAAGAUCCACCGGAGCCGCGCAAACUUCGGCACGGAUGGCAUGACUGAGCUUCAGACAGACAUGCUACCUAUCGAUGUGGUUGGUAUUGACCUUCUAGCCGAGAUACCAAACCCUCAGCCAGCGUCCGACGAAACUGGGCCUGCAGGGCAGACGGUCGAAGAAGAUGACGACGGUGAGCCAGCUGGCGAGGUGGCACCACCACAAACACCUUCAAAGACGCGAGUGACGAAACGCUUUGAUCCUUUGGCUAUUGAAAAGGUCUGGGUCUUCGAAACAAUUGCCAAACUUGGUGUACCUGAAAUUGUACAAACAUGGAAAGAUGACCAGGCUAAAAAGGCCGCCAGCAAGGAUGCCCCCAAGAAAACCACCACUCGACGAACUGGGCCUAAGAAGAAGGGUCCAAUCGACCCAAGAAUGAAGCAAGGCAGCAUUUUAAAAUAUGGCACGCUUACCAAGGAGAAAUCUCAACUGUCUCCUCCAUUCAAGACGCACUUGUUAGAAGCCGCCACAUCUGCUUCGGGAAAUGGUAAAUCCUCCUCUCGCGGCACUGCCCCUUUCCCAGAGCGUAUUGACCUUGAAAGAUAUGAUCUCUCUCCCAGUAUGUAUUCGAUACAAGAUACUGCAGCUCAAGUGUCUACUUUUUCACAGGAGGUGGAUGACCUUGUCGGGACAUUUUCGAACCUGUGCACACCAUCACCGACAGCGGCAUCUAAGCGCCGCCCUUUGGUAAACCCAUUACGCAUGCGAUCGCGCACCAGUGUUCUAGGUGCCGGAGAAGUCGAAUCAGAGGAUUUCGGCAAUUCAAUUGUCGAUACUAUCGUUCCAUUGCCACCCAGACGACGCAGGCUAAUUGAAACUGGUACGACGGCUUUGAAGGAGAAGGAUUACGAAGCUAUGAGACCAACCAGUUUAGAUCAACCCCCUCCAUGUCAAGAAAAUUACAUCCGGCAACAGGUUGCUCAUGAGCUCGACGAGGUAGAAAAGGCAAUUGGUUCAUUGUCAUUGAUUGUCCCUCCCGAUUGUGAAAAUCGUCAGCGUGCAAACCCUCGUCGUUCCGAGCAGCAUAUUUCUCCCAAGAAAAAAACUAUUGGCAGUGGUCAAUCUUUGUCUCCAAAAAUUCAGUCUUCCAGCUCAUCUGAGUCUGCUGUUCUGUCGGAGAUCGAACACGACACUUUCUCUCUACCAUUGAAAAAGAAAUUUGAGGAUCCCAAAGAGAGCCCCAGAUCUCCCGAGAAGAAGAAAGGGGCUGACAGGAAACCUGCCCGAAAAAUUGGGCACAUCGAAAACGUCACAACCUCAAAUGGCUUUUGGAAAGUCGAUACACCUAUCGAUCCAGAAGUGACAUCCACGGCAACGAGCCACGCCCAAGAUGGUCAAAAAGACCAGAGCAAAAAGAAGCGACUCCCCCGCGUUAGCAUCCUUGAUAUGAUUUGA